AUGAAAGCCUGCAAAACCCUGGUCACCACCUCUCUAGCUUCCCUCCCAAAACCCGUAAAACCCUUCUCUCCAUUCUCCAAAACCCUGACCCUCCCCUUCUCUGUGUCCUUCGCUCCCUACAGACAACAUACUAGACCUCACUCUUCAACAGCAACCCAAGCAGCACUCUCAUUAGACCCCCCAGACGACAUCAACACAACCACCACCCAAAACGAUACUGUAGAACACCUUCUUACCAACCGGAACGACGUGUUACAACUAAUGAAAAUGGAAAGAAGAAGAACAAAAACCCACGACGACAAUGUCUUGGGUUCUCAUUGGUUUCCUUAUUUCGACAUGUUCAAGUGUGGAGGUGUGGAUUUGAGUAGCAGUGAGGUUUUGGAGGCGGUGGGGCCGUAUAUGAUGGAAGAGAGAAGAGAGAGGAUUCGAAACACGGUUAAGAAUAGGAGUUAUUCCCUUUGUUUGGUUGUUGAAGGAUUGACUGAUUUCGGAAACGUUUCGGCUGCCUUUCGAUCUGCUGAUGCUUUGGGGUUUCAGUCUGUUCAUGUUGUUUCUUGUAAUAGCUCCAAAAGAUAUAAAGAGAAUAGACAUGUGAGUAUGGGAGCAGAGAAAUGGUUGGAUAUUGAAUUAUGGGAUUCUUCAAAAGAGUGUUUUCAAGUCUUAAAAUCGCGUGGUUAUCGGAUAGCUACCACACAUGUUGGAAUUGAUGCGGUAUCUAUUUAUGACAUGGAUUGGUCAUGCCCAACUGCAAUAGUUGUUGGAAAUGAAAAUAGGGGUAUAAGUGAUGAGGCUCUGGAACUGUCAGAUUUGCAUUGCAGUAUUCCUAUGAAAGGCAUGGUAGACUCUUUCAAUGUUUCAGUUGCUGCAGGCAUCCUCAUGCACCAUGCUGUUUGUGACAGAACUUCUCGCCGGGGCUCUCAUGGUGAUUUGACCCCAGAAGAAACGCAGAUCUUGCUUGCAGAGUUUUCACUUCGUCAUAGCAAGAGUAUGAUAAGCAUUGCCCAUGACUAUGCAAAGCGAAAGGCAGCCACUGCCAUGCCAAAGCUUUGA